UUUCAAGAACUCAUGUGACAUACCUUUUUCAGGAAUUAUCACCAAAUAAAGCAAAAAAGCAUACUGAUGUUCUGGUAGGAGCACCAACUGAAGCUGAUGUCAGUGAUCCUUACAUUCAAGAUAUAGCGAGCACUGCUUUAGCUGAAGUUGACAGAAGAUCUAACGCACUUUACAAACAGAAAGUUGUUAGGAUUGUGGAGGCAGAAAAGCAGGUUGUUGCUGGAGUAUUGGUGCGUUUAACUUUGGAACUGGGAUCCAGUACUUGUCGUAAAGGCCAUGAUACAGAUAUUGCUACUUGCCAGCUGAAGAAUGAUUCGAAUAAUCAGAUAUGUCAUGUUGAAGUAUGGGAUCGACCAUGGCUUAAACAGCGUGAAGUCAAAAGUGUCUCAUGCAAUUCUGUGAGGAGUAGACUGAAGAAAAGAUCAUGGAUUGGUGGUGGUAGCCAUGACAUUCACCUUGGUUUGUUUAAUGAAUUUUUAGAGAAGUACAACAAACAUUAUCGAAACAAAGCAGAAUAUAAACGUCGUUUUCACAUUUUUCGAGCGAACAUCAAGAAAGUUGAACGUUUGCAAAAGACCGAACAGGGCACUGCCAUAUAUGGGGCAACGCAGUUUGCAGAUCUUACACCAAAGGAAUUCAAGAAAUACCAUCUUGGACUUAAUCGCAAAUUGAAAGUUUCCAACCACAUACCAUUGCAGGAAGCUAAAAUUCCUGAUGUUACGUUGCCAAAGGAAUUUGAUUGGCGAAAUUACAGUGUUGUUACAGAAGUUAAAAAUCAGGGUUUGUGUGGUUCAUGUUGGGCAUUCUCUGUGACUGGAAAUGUGGAGGGCCAGUGGGCACUUAAGAAGGGAAAACUGUACUCACUCUCAGAGCAAGAGCUAGUGGACUGUGACACUUUGGAUGAUGGUUGCAGCGGAGGUCUUCCAGAGAAUGCAUAUAAAGCUAUUGAGUCAUUGGGGGGCUUAGAAACAGAAAAGGAUUACCCAUAUGAAGGUGAAGAUGAAAAAUGUCACUUUAAGAAAACUGAUGCAAAAGUUACCAUCCAAGGAGCUUUAAAUAUCACCAAGAAUGAAACCCAGAUGGCCCAGUGGCUGUAUAAAAAUGGACCCAUCUCCAUUGGUAUCAACGCAAAUGCUAUGCAGUUCUAUAUGGGUGGUAUAUCACAUCCAUGGAAAUUCCUGUGUGAUGGGGAAGAUUUGGAUCAUGGUGUUCUGAUUGUUGGUUUUGGUGUACACACAUACCCACUGUUUCAAAAAGUGCUUCCAUUUUGGAUUAUUAAGAACAGCUGGGGUGAGAAUUGGGGUGAACAGGGCUAUUAUCGUGUGUAUCGUGGUGAUGGUACUUGUGGAGUGAAUCAGAUGGCAACAUCAGCCAUUGUGGGUUAAGGUAUGGUACCGUUUAAGAUGCAGAUAUUCGUUUGCUCUACAGAUACAAGUUUCACUGUAAGACUUGUAUGUUAUACUCGUAAAUGAUAUCUUGAUUGUGGAAAAUGUAAUCAGAUGGCAACAUUAGCCAUUCUGGGUUAAAGUAAGGUACCUUAUAAGCUACAAAUAUUGUUUUCUUUACAAAUGUAAGUUCCACUGUAGAACUUAUGUGUUAUGAAUGAUAUUAUCUUUUAGCUUGGCUAUGGAAAGUUUUCUGCAAAACAGAAUCUAUGUAUUGUGUUCCUGCUUUUUAUAUACAUUCACAUACAUUUUAAUAUAUUAUAUAAGGAACCC